AUGGCCACGGCCGCCGCCAAGACCCCAAACAUGAAGACCUUCAAGAUCUACAGAUGGAACCCAGACACCCCAGAGGUCAAGCCACACAUGAAGGCAUACGACCUCGACAUGAACGAGUGCGGGCCUAUGGUGCUUGAUGCGCUCUUGAAGAUCAAGAACGAGUUUGAUUCGUCGUUGACCUUGAGAAGAUCGUGCAGAGAAGGUAUAUGCGGGUCCUGCGCCAUGAACAUUGGUGGUAGAAACACCCUUGCCUGUCUCUGCAAGUUGGACAAGGACUCCGGCAAAGAGCUGAAGAUCUACCCUCUUCCCCACAUGUACAUUGUCAGAGACUUGGUUCCUGACUUGACCCACUUCUACAAGCAGUACAAGUCCAUCCAGCCUUACUUACAAUCCGACAAGCCUAUGCCUGUGAGGGAAAACUUGCAGAGUGUCGAAGACAGACACAAGUUGGACGGUUUGUACGAGUGUAUUCUGUGUGCGUGCUGCUCAACCUCCUGUCCUUCGUACUGGUGGAACCAGCAGGAGUACCUAGGUCCUGCCGUCUUGAUGCAGGCCUACAGAUGGAUGGUCGACACCAGAGAUACCGCCACUAAGGCCAGACAGGCCAUGCUACAGAACUCCAUGUCUUUGUACAGAUGCCACACCAUCAUGAACUGUUCCAAGACCUGUCCUAAGGGUUUGAACCCAGGUGGUGCUAUUGCCGAAAUCAAGAAGUCCAUGGCUUUCGAUUAG